AUGAGCGCCGCCGCCAACGAUCACUUCUGCCCCUACAACUACAUCCACGGGCCUUUUAGCCUCGGAACAUGCAGAGAGCGGUGCCCCCCGGGGAGGCACCCGCUCUUGCUGGCCUCCGCCUCCGGCUCUGGGAGCCAACACCAGCUGCGCCGCCUCGUGCGCGUGACCAACGUGCCGCUGAGCGUGAUCCCCGGCGAGCACGAGUUGCGCGGGCUCUUCACGCGGUUCGGGCCGCUUCUCAUGGGCGACUUAACGAGCUCGAGGAGCCAUGACCCCGUGGGAUUCGGGUGGGUCGCGUUCGAGAGCCGUGAGCACGCGGAGGAGGCAAUCAACAAGCUCAACGGCCACCUCGUCGGUGACCGCAGGCUCCGAGUUGACUGGGUAUAUCCACGCUGA